UAUCUGCUCCCUGUAAGCCAAUAAACCAGCGAUCACCGCGUCCUUCAGAGAUCGUUUAUUAAUGCGAUGAGGAUGGACAACUUCGAAAAUUAAAUAAGACUGGAAAUUCUCUUUAAUCUUAUAUCCCGCGGUAAAAAGGACGAUUACUCACAAUCUUCACUCCGAGUGCUGUAGGCACAUUUUCUCUCCCUUUUCCCCCUCAUUUGUGUUUUAUUAAUCUACUCGGUGCGGAUACGAUUCUAUCAACCUUGGCUGGAGACUAUAUUAUAGGUUCAUAUAUUUUGAUCCAACGUGCCCAGGCGUGCGCUUUUACGCACACACACACUCACUCGAUCAUCAAGAGAUCGAUCAACUAACCAACUUCAGCAGCUUGACUGACACCUGCAGAGCAGUCGCAACUCAAACGAGAGCCUGACGGACUCCGACUGAGGAUGCUCUCAGUGGCUCCCGAUCCUCGUGAACAGAGGUUUUAAUCAUCAUCAGGAGGGACGCAGAGGAAUCAAACACGAUGCCUCUUCUGCGAUGAAUUAAACUGUUUCAAGUUUAAGCAUCACCCAGAGAUUAAGAAGAUGGAUUAUUUAAACCUCUCCAAUUUUUCUCUCAUAGACUCUAAUUCAACAACAACAACAACAACAGUUGUAGAUGGAACUCUAUACUGCAGCUCCAUCCUGCACGUCAUCUCUGGCAUCAUCUGCUUUCUGGGCAUCAUGGGGAACUGUAUUGUCAUUUACACCAUCAUGAAGAAGACCAAAUGCCGGGCCAAACAAACAGUUCCAGACAUAUUCAUCUUGAACUUAUCGCUCAUCGAUCUCCUGUUUCUCCUCGGGAUGCCGUUCCUCAUCCACCAGUUGCUGGGCAAUGGCACCUGGCACUUUGGAGCUGCUAUGUGCACAGUCAUCACCGCGCUCGACUCCAACAGCCAGAUUGUGAGCACUUACAUCCUCACUGCGAUGACACUCGAUCGUUACCUGGCUACGGUCCAUCCCAUCCGCUUCAACUACAUCCGCACACCUUGUGUGGCGGCGCUGGUGAUCGGCUUGGUGUGGGGUCUGUCUUUGCUCACCAUCAUUCCCGUGUGGAUGUACGCCGGCCUGAUGACUCUCCCCGACGACAUGGUCGCCUGCGCUCUCCUCCUGCCCAACCCGGUCACCGACAUAUACUGGUUUACACUCUACCAGUUCUUCUUGGCGUUUGCUAUUCCGCUGGCCAUCAUCUGCCUGGUGUUCUUCAAGAUCCUGCAGCACAUGUCCACCAGCGUGGCCCCGCUGCCUCCCCGGAGUCUGAGGGUCCGAACCAGGAAGGUGACCCGGAUGGCGGUGGCCAUCUGCCUGGCGUUCUUCAUCUGCUGGGCCCCUUACUACAUCCUCCAGCUGGUCCACCUCGGCGUGCAGAAGCCAAGCCUAGCCUUCUCCUAUGCCUACAACAUAGCCAUUAGCAUGGGCUAUGCUAACAGCUGCAUCAACCCAUUCCUCUACAUCAUCCUCAGUGAGACGUUUAAGAGGCGGCUCUACAGGGCGGUUCGGCCAAUCAACAGAAAGUUCCGCGUGAACCCGAGCACGACGGAUGGUGGAAGUGUGAGCGUGAGGAUGAUUUCUGAAGGGGCUCAGCAGGAGCCGGCGUCAGGGGAGAUGUUACCAUCCAAUGUGGCCCCACAGUGAAUGAUAACCAGAGAAGAAGAAUGGAAAUAAUCAGCCCUGCUUAUUCUAUAUCUGAUCAGCUCUUUGAAUGGAACAAUAAGACAAUGCAAAGUGUUUAGGUAUGAUUGCCUUAUGUCUGCACAUCAGCUCAAAAAGUCGUAUUUUCAUACACUGGGAGCUCAAAGAACCAUCCCUAAGGCGUAGAUUAAAUCUGUUCAAACGAUAAGAUACCGUUAUUUACUCUGAUAUGAGUUUGUAUGUGUUAUGCAGCUAAGAAAAGUGUAAAACAGAUUUUAUAUUUUUGUUUCAGUGUACAUAUCUAAAAAUCAUUCAACUGUACUUCUUGUGUUUACAACUUGUUCCUUGUGCCAUGUUUUGUCAGAAAAAAAAACCAUUUUGAACUGAUAAGGUCUGUAAGUAAACACGGCCGCACGACAUCAGCUUUGUGCAUCCUGCGGUGGUUUGGAGCGUUGGUUGUGCAGGUCCUCAGAUAUUAACGCUACCUGUCAAUACUAUCCAGAAUGAAUAUAACCGCUUCAAUACGAAACCAAAGCUGUGUAGCUGUGCAGCGCACACAGCAAAACAAAACAAAAAACACCCUCGGCUGUCUUUGUCGAUGUGCUCGAAGCUGCCACGCUCAUCGAUGACGCCUCUUCCUCACUGACCAAUCAAAAUCAAGAAGGGGCGGGGCUUCUGAUAUCAGCUUUGACAACAACAAUGGCGGAGGAGAGGCUCGUCUGACUCAUCUUUUCGACUCUCUAAUUUCCAGGUGUGGAGCCGCUGCUAAUGCCAGGACCUUGACAUUCCUAUCAUGUUCUUUGGUGACAGUUCUUUGAAUAAAAAGCAAAUAUUAAGCACGCAGGGCUAUCUAAAACUGACCUGACUGUCAUUACCGAGGGAAUGGAGGUUAAUUUUCAUAACCUACAGCAACACUGAUUGUCAGGUGAGAAGUGUUCUGAAACUGAGGUUGUGCGCGCUGACAGCACAAGAACCGCCGUUAGUGGACACACGUCCUUAUUCUCUACUUCAACUUUUAUCAUUUACCCUUUGGAGAUGGAAUACAGUAUCGCCUAACCAGAGGCAAACGCCUUCACCUGAAUUGACUUUGACGAUGGAAUUGUUCCCGUCAGCUUAUUGCCGUAUCGGUCAGAACAGUGGUGUGGGCGGGUUGCACAGCCUGGUCACUCAAGUCAUUUGCUUCUAGUGCACAAAAUGCACCAUGAACUCUUCUUCAUUUAGUUUUCCUCCUAGUCAGUUAAAAAUAAAAACAUACUAUUUCAUGGCUUGAGUACAAACACACGAUAAGAGAGGAAACAUACAUAUAUUUCUGACCACACUAACCGAGACAAAUACAUUCCCGAGACCACAGUGCUCCAAGACCAGGACUAGACAAAGACCAAGGCAGGAGGAGACCGAGACAAGACCAUAAAUAUCAGUAAAAAAUCAAAAAGUCAUCUUGUGUGUAGGGGGUUUGUCACUCUCUUGAGACCAAGACUGAUUUUGAGUACUAUCACUAAGUGAUUAUAUGUCUUUACAUUGACUGUGUUGAAUCUGCUUUAUAUUUUGUGUGUAUACAAUCUAAUUUAGGACUUUACAUGAUGGGUCAAGGUAAAAAAAAAACUACUGAACUUUCAACCAUUUGUAGGGAAAACAUUUAGACCAAAGCACCCAGUACUCAAAGAGUCUGAUAAGCAUUGUUGUUGAUAUUUUUUUAAGGGGAAAUAUUCAUCAGGAAAGGAGCAAACUUCUGGUUACUUUAAAAAAUAGGAAUAUUGAGUACUGUGGUUCAUGCAUCCACAUCAACACUCGAGUAAGGCUGAAUAUAAGGAGACUGUGAUUGACAUGAAGUACAGCUGGGUGACACAUAUCACUGCACGUUAAAAAUAUAUGUGCACCCACACGGUACACCCAGCUGCUGUUUGCUGUUGUUGUUGACAAUACAGUUCCCCAUGUUGUCGUGUGAUGCUGAAGCCUCCAGCAGGUGGUGCUGCCGAGAGCUUUCAAAACGGGAUCAUUGAAAAGAUGCAUGAAACGAGCUGUGAGCCCUAAACAUUUUUUUGUAUAAAUACUUGCACAGACAUUGUAGCGAUGACGAUCUUGUCAGCUGUAAUGUUAGUGGGGUCACCUGGGGGGAGGGGUUACUGCCCUUUGUGAUGUCAUGAAGGGAAAAUCCCUAAACGGCCUGUU